CGCAUGCGCAGCACCUUCCCGAGCGUCAACAGCGUUUUCAAAACGAGAGACUGAACAUGGCUCCUAAAGUUGAGGUCGCGAGCGUCUCGGCGGUCGCCUGGCUGGUGUUCCUCUCCUUAAUCCCCCCGGCGGAAGCUUACGACGCGGGCGACGCGCUGGCCCUGCUGCUGUGCUCCGUGGUGGCCGGGGUGGGCUUCUGCGCCUUCCUCGGCUGGUACGCACGCAGGCGGAACGGACAGAUGUGAUAUCCACGGACUCCCCACCCGGGGUCCCGUCACCGUCUUCCGCAUUAAUGCUCUUGUUUUUCCUGUGGUCUCUCGCGGCUGGCGCGGGGGUUUGUGCGACCUGAUGAGAAACGUGCCUUAUUGGAUUUAUUCGGGGAAAUUUGACCGGAGACCACGUGGAGGAGGAGACUCGUCCAGGAAGUGGGAAAUCCAGGAACUGCUGUUCUGCACAUCUGCUGAGAUUGCAGAAGAACGCCAAGGUUGCCUUCAACGAGAAAAAGACUGCUGCUGCUUUUAAUUUGUACUCUUUCCCCGAAAGACACGUGCACUGCUUUUUGCAUCUCUUUCCAAGCUUAGACUGAUGAUCACUGUGAUUCUGUGUCUUACAACAUGCAAAACAACACACUCAUUAUUUGUGUGAUUAAAACUCGUGAUCUCGCUGUGUGAAGAAUAAACUGCUUCUCUAAUGCUUUCAUAGUUCA